AUGCCUUCAUUCAAUAACAAUCACGCUUCUACUUCGCGAUUCUCUCGUCAAAAAUCAAAUCACGAAAAUUCUUCAAAACCCAAACCGCCACAACAACAUUCAAAUCUCACAAAAGCUCUUUUAAGAGAUUCCAAUUGCCAUCAUCAUAAUCGUCGACCACAAAUUCCCAUAAUUAGUGAUAAAGAAUUUGUUGAUAAAUUCACAUCGAUGGAAGGUCUUCUCGCUCAAUACGAAGCACUUUUGGCGUUUGAACGAAAACAGCUCUACAAGAAGAAAGAAGCGGCGAAAAAUGUACCUUCGGGAUUUUUGAAAAAAGAUAAAAGAUUUUGGGAAUUUCGAAUUGAAAAUGAAACCAUAACUUUCGUAAGAUAUGGUUAUAUCCAGGAAGAUGGCACAUUGAAAGAACGUGCAGUGCAAAAACAACAGCAUUCGAAUCCUUCUAUGGCUAGAAGAUUUGUAGAACGGUUUAUCGACGAGAAAAUGAAUUCUGGUUACGUCGGUUGGACUCGAUGGUGA